AUGACAUGUGAAUAUCAGAGAAAGAUCAAGCUCCUAAGGAUGGGGUUUGACGUCGGCGCUACGGCGUUCAUACUUCAGUCCAGCGUGACCUCAUCGAGCUCGAUCACAGCACUCGACCUCGUCCAAUUCGAUCACUUGAUGUUUGAUAGCGUCAACGCGACCACGUGUGCUCUGUCACUCCAGCUCCGCUCCAUCACUCCAGGAAACACCUAA